AUGACCGAGGCGCUUGCCGGCGUCCGCGCUGUCCUGAGCUGUGUCAUCGCCCAUCAAGACGCCACGUCAUUCCCUGCUGCGUGCUUUGAAGAGCGCCAUUCAGGUAUGCGCUGGGGCUCCGAAGUGGAAGCUCUCACGAUCGCCAAGAUGGCUACGCCAUGCGAGUACUCCAUGGCGCGGGUCCAGAUUCGCCGGCGGCGCAUCGAUUGCACAACGUACCUCGCCGCUUGA